AUGUACUCUUGGCUUUGCUCGUCCUUGAUCUUGGUGCAGUCGCAUUCUGCGGGACAUGUUGCCUUUGGCUUCAUCGUUGAUGAAGCUGUGAGACUUGGUUCUCUGCAUGGUCUGCAUGCUGCGUUGGUCAAGCAUUGGGCGUAUCUGAGCGUGUCAGCAAUGUACAGAAUGAGCCUGAUUGGUAUCAUGGACUUACUCAUCGCUGUUCUUAUCUUUUAUCCUUGUGCAAUCACAUUCGACUGGACAUUUUCCUUGAUUGGCUGUCGUAGGUGUUGGUUCGUUGACGACGAUUAUCCUGACUAG